GAGGAGGGGCUCAAAUUGACCUUCCAGAAACAUCGGCUGGGGCCCAACGGGGCCCAACGGGCGCCCAACCCCCCCAAGAAAAACAGCAAGAAACUGGUGGAGGAGGAGGGGCUCAAAUUGACCUUCCAGAAACAUCGGCUGGGGCCCAACGGGGCCCAACGGGCGCCCAACCCCCCCAAGAAAAACAGCAAGAAACUGGUGGAGCUGGAGCUGCGCUGCCUCGAGGGGCUCCGGGACCCCCCGGGGGACCCCGAGGGCGCCGUGGGAGCCCCUCCCCCCCACCGUGGAGACGGCCCCGAAUUCGCCGACCCCCGGCUGCUCCCGUUUGUGGAGCAGCGACGGGAAAAGUGGCACCGGAAAAAGUUCCUCCCCUCCCCCCCCUCAGGUUUGGACCUUUCCAAGAUGGUGGCGCUGAUGGGGGGCGGAGCUAGCAGCACAGGGGGAGUGGCUUCUCCUUCCUUGGCCCCGCCCCCACGCUUCCGGCCAGAAGCAGAAGAGGAAGCGGAAUCUCACCCCUGUUUUCUCCCCCAGAAAGGGGAGGAUGAGUUCGGGGGCGUCGAUGCCAUCGUGGUGGCUGUGGGGGUGGACGAGGAGAUCGUCUACGCCAAAUCCACGGCGCUGCAGACGUGGCUCUUCGGCUACGAGCUGACCGACACGGUGAUGCUGUUCUGCGAGGAGCGCGCUCUCUUCCUGGCCAGCCGCAAGAAGGUCGAGUUCCUCAAGCAGGUGGCCCAGGGCAAGGGCAACGAGGGGGCCACCAACGGGCUGCCGGCCAUCACCCUGCUGGUCCGGGAGAAGAACGAGAGCAACAAGGCCAACUUUGAGAAGCUGAUCGAGGCGCUGAGGGGCAGCCGGGGCGGGCGGCGCCUCGGCGUCUUCUCCAAGGACAAGUUCCCCGGAGAGUUCAUGAAGAGCUGGAACGACGCCCUCAGCAAGGAGGGCUUCGAGAAGGUGGACGUGAGCGCGGCGGUGGCGCAGGCCAUGGCGGCCAAGGAGGAGGUGGAGCUGCAGCUGAUGCGCAAGGCGGCCGCCAUCACCUCCGAGGUCUUCACCAAGUUCUUCAAGGAGCGCGUCAUGGAGAUCGUCGACGCCGACGAGAAGGUGCGCCACAGCAAGCUGGCCGAGGCGGUGGAGAAAGCCAUCGAGGAGAAGAAAUACCUGGCUGGGGCCGACCCCUCGGCCGUGGAGAUGUGCUACCCGCCCAUCAUCCAGAGCGGGGGCAACUACAACCUCAAGUUCAGCGUGGUCAGGUACCCAAAAUCCCAGGAAUUUAACCCAAAAUCCAAAAUCCCCUAA